UUAACUAUUUGCCAAAAUCACUAACCAUUCUUAAUCUAUUAAGUGUUUAUAAUUAUAAAUAUAAAAACUUAAAUAGUUUUUUACAUAAUCUGGAUACAGAAUUUGUUAAGUUAAAAGUCUUAGUAUUACCUCUUGAUAUUGAACUUAACCAAAUUCCAAAUUUGAAGAAUUUUAUAAGACAAAAUAAGUAUUUAGAGAAGUUAGAAAUAGUUAAAAAUUUCAAUAUCGAAAAGAAAGAAGAUUGUGAGAGAGAUAUAAUUGAUCUAUGUCAAGCUAGAAAUGUAAGAUGCAAUUUAAAAAUGCAAGAUAUUAGUCAACAACAACAAUUAUAUCAAUUGUCCUCCUAUGGAG